AUGGGCAACAAGGCCUCUGUGCCGGAGCCCAAGCAGGUGUAUCUGGCGGCCAAGGCGGGCGAUGCGCGGCAGCUAGAGGCCAUUCGGUCACGCGCGGGCGACCCCGCCUCUGACACCGCCGAGGCCCGCACCCGGUUGCUGGAAUGGACCGACGACGAGGGCAAGACAGCGCUCGUGGUGGCUGCGGCCAAGAACCACCUUGACUGCGUCAACCUGCUUUUGGCGUUCGGCGCCAACGUGCAGCAUAUGAGCCGGAGGCGGGACGGCGGAACGGCGCUCCAUGAGGCGGUCCAGAGGCAAUGCUCCGCGCAGUUGGUGGAUGCGCUCCUGAGCAAGGGGGCCUCCCCCUUCGUUGAGAACGCUAGCGGCUUCACCGCUCUGGACUACGCGAUCGUGCGCAAGGAGCUCGUGCUGGUCAGGCGCUUCGAGGAGUUGGGCUUCUUCAGGGGGUACAUGAGGGCCAAGGUGCAAUCCUGGGGAGGACUGUCCCGGAACUGGUUCGCAAGGUGGGUGGCCAUCGUUCCCCGCUACUCCUACCCAGAAGCGCCAGUGAGCGAGCGGGUAAUACGUCGGCUGCUAUUGUUCUAUGAGAAUGCCCAGCACGUGGACCUGAGCUGCAGGGUCUACCUCGAUGGCGCCCGUGCCAGGAUUGAAGGCAGCGGCCAUCAGGAUGAGCGCGUUUGCUCUGUGAUGUUGCAUCGAACACACCUCAAGCCGAAAGGGCUGUUUGUGAAAGGCAACCACAGCACUGGCUUCACCCUGUUCCUAAAGAGGCAUCCAAGCACGCCACAGCACAGAAGGAACGACUUUCCCACCCUGGAGCAAUUCAUGUCUGUUGUCAACAGUCGGCAAGAUGGAGUAACCGCUGUUGCAGCAGCUGGGGCGCCUCCUGGGGAGUCUGAUGAAGAGUUUGCACGGCGGCUGAGCUAUUGCCUCAAUGGGGGGAUUGGCGAUCCCACACAUGCAACGGGCAUCAACCAGAACUCAUGGGACCAAUCGUCACAAUAUCCUGUAGCCAUGCCUGUGGACACGCCCCAGAACCACAGUAUCCAUGCCCCUGCCAGGGAACAACAGGCAGCCCGGGAGGGAAUGGCACCGGAGGUCAGGCCCUCUGCUCCACCACUGCCAGACACAUUCAUGCCCUUUCCUGCAGCCUCGGCACCUCUUGUGGCAAAGGUGGCCCUGCCCACAGCACCACCAGUCAGUGCGGGAAAAGGAGCUGGUGAUGGUGAAAAUGACAGUGAUGACGACAUAUGUGUGAUAUGCCUGGAUGGCCCGAAGGAGGCUGGAUUCGUUCAUGGUGACAGUGUGCAUCGUUGUGUGUGCAACGCCUGUGCCGACAACAUGAUGCGGCAGCAGCACAGGAGUUGUCCUGUGUGCCGCCAAAACAUCGAGAAAGUGUUGAAGAAAUUUUUCUAG